GAAAGAUGGCAGUGUAUACGAUAGUCUUGCACAAUCGUCACCAGCUCCAGAUAACAUAUCUGUAUUUACCCCAGGGGCGAUCAUUCAAAGGUGAGUAGGUUGGUCCUAUUGAAUAUUGGAUUCAGGAUGGCAGUUUUAAACUGUCUUAGGAAUCCAAAGGCAAAAGUUCUUGGACUUAGGAGAGUAUCCUAAGGUCUGUAAAAGUUAGCCUUUACUUCACUUAUUGAGAUGAAGAGACAGAGAUCCUGUACAAACUGGGAGCUCAUGGAGAGCAACACCGAGGACAACACAGACAACAGUGAACCUGAUGAGCUGACCUCUCUGAGGCGGACUUGGUCCCUGACACACACCAUGAAUUACGUCGGGCAGCUGGCUGGUCAAGUUCUCGUAACAGUCAAAGAGCUGUAUAAGGGCAUCAAUCAGGCCACGCUUUCAGGCUGUAUUGACGUUGUGGUUGUCCGCCAGAGAGAUGGAACCUACCAGUGUUCACCGUUCCACGUGCGCUUUGGCAAGCUUGGUGUCCUGCGCUCUAAAGAGAAAGUAAUUGACAUUGAAGUGAAUGGAGAUCCUGUAGAUCUGCAUAUGAAGCUCGGUGACAAUGGAGAGGCCUUUUUUGUCCAGGAAGCUGAGGAGGAGAAUCAGAUUGUUCCUGCUCACCUGGCUACCUCCCCAAUACCCACUGAGAGUCACCUAUUCUGGAUCUCAGAGGUUGAGAACAGGGCACCUAAAGACCCAAAGGAUGAUCCUUUAGACCAGGAAGACCCACCCGAGCCUCCUGCUCCCAGUGCCACUGCCACAAAAAAGAAGAAAAGAAGAAGAAAGAAGCACAAAGGUGACCCCCGCAGAGAGGAGCUCACCCCACCAGUGUCGGUCUCUUCUGGAAAUUCUGUUGCUGCUAUUGGUGGUGCCGUGUCAGGCACUGGGCAAAAUGACGAGAUUUUUGAGAUGGACCUCAGCUCUGAUGAAGAAUCGGCACCACAUGUAUCAAGGUCUCCUUCAACCUCGACAAUCAGGGACAUUGACCCUAAACUGCCUACAACCAGACAUAAUUUGGAAGGUUAUCCGUUGUCUGAUGGUGAAUGGCCUUUAGGCGAUGGUCAUGGCUUGUCUCAGGCCUUUUCCCCAAAGAGUGAUUCAGAGCUGGUGAUGAAGUCUUCAGAAAGUUUGCUCAGGGAUGAGUCCCAUAUGCAGUGGACCUGGGGAGAGUUUCCAGAAACAACCAGGGUCACAAAGAAGGAAAAGCCUGAACCGCUAAAGACAGUAACCAUCACCCCAUCGGAAAACACCCACUUUCGUGUCAUCCUGAGCUCUGAGGCCAUGGAGGAUGAAACAGAGCCUGAAAAGGAAGAUGGAGCCUCAUCAGUCUGUGCCAUAGUCAAGCCUGAGCCACGUUCCCCUGUCACCCCCGUAACAAAUCAUAGUCUAUCUUCUACAAGCUCCGUACAAUCUAUGGGUCCUUUGACUCCCACAGAGCCUCCUGAAGUCCUUCCAUCCAGUGUGACCACAUCCACCCCUUCAAACAGUCAGCAGACUGAUUCACCCUCUAAGAAGAAAGGAGUCCCAAAGAGGAGUCAGCAUCAGGGUCCAGAGGAUAUCUACUUAGAUGACCUAAAUGUACUGGAACCCGAUGUGGCUGCAAGAUAUUUUCCUAAGAGUGAGUCCGAGGCAACAACAAAGCAGUGGAUUGACUCUGAGAUUCGCUCAGGUUCCCAGUCUCCACAGUCUGUGGGUAGUGCAGCUGCUGACAGCGGGACGGAAUGUCUCUCUGACUCGGCCAGUGACCUCCCUGAUGUCACUCUUUCUCUGUGUGGAGGUCUCACCGAAAAUGCAGAAAUAUCCAAAGAAAGAUUUAUGGAACAUAUCAUCACAUAUCAUGAGUUUGCUGAAAAUCCAGCAAUAAUAGACAACCCCAACUUGGUAGUAAAGAUAGGAAAUAGAUAUUAUAACUGGACACUAGCUGCACCCCUGAUUUUAAGCCUACAGGCAUUUCAGAAGAAUUUACCAAAGGCUACAGAGGAGGCCUGGAUGAAGGAGAAGAUGCCAAAGAAGUCGGGUCGUUGGUGGUUCUGGCGAAAAAGAUCAGAUAGUACAGUUAAACAGUCUGAGACAAAGAUGGAAACCAAGGAGGAGUUUCAGUCAGAAGAUGGAGAACCCUCUAAUUCUCAGGAGAACUUGGAUUUACCCCCCAAAGCAGGAGAAACAUCCAGUGAUGAAGAAUCUAAGGAGGUCAGCGCUGUGUCUUGCCAAGAGAGGCUGCAGCCAGGAGAAGGACACCAUUCCACUACACACACUUACAGGAAGUCACUGCGUCUUUCCUCAGAUCAGAUAGCUAGUCUUAAACUAAAGGAGGGGCCAAAUGAUGUGACAUUUAGCAUUACCACCCAGUACCAGGGGACCUGCCGCUGUGAAGGGACCAUCUACCUGUGGAACUGGGAUGACAAAGUCAUCAUCUCUGACAUUGAUGGUACCAUCACCAAAUCAGAUGUGUUUGGACAGAUUCUCCCACAGUUGGGGAAAGACUGGACCCAUCAGGGCAUUGCCAAGCUGUACCACUCUGUGGCCGAGAAUGGCUAUAAAUUCUUGUACUGCUCAGCUCGGGCUAUUGGCAUGGCGGACAUGACGAGAGGCUACCUGCAGUGGGUCAAUGACGGAGGCACCAUCCUACCACGGGGGCCUCUAAUGCUGUCUCCCAGUAGCCUAUUCUCUGCCUUCCACAGAGAGGUCAUUGAGAAAAAACCAGAGAUCUUCAAGAUUGAAUGCCUUACGGACAUCAAAAACCUGUUCCAGAAUAACAAGCAGCCUUUCUACGCCGCCUUUGGGAAUCGAGCUAAUGAUGCGUUUGCCUAUAAAGAGGUUGGAGUCCCACUGUGCAGGAUUUUCACCGUUAACCCCAAAGGGGAGCUGAUCCAGGAGCAGACAAAGGGAAACAAGUCCUCCUAUGGCAGACUUAGCGAGCUGGUAGAGCACGUGUUCCCUCUGCUGAGUAAAGAGCAGGCCGAAGCAUUUUUGAUGCCCGAAUUCAGCUCAUUCUGUUAUUGGAGACAGCCACUGCCAGAAAUCAACCCUGAUGAACUGCUCUAAUGCUGCACAGAUGCUCACCCAGCCAUCCAUCUACCUGGGUCAGGACUGUGUGCAGCUCUUUAACACAUGUGGACUGGAUAGAAUAGCACUUAGACACACACACAGCUCUAUAAUUACUUUACCAGAGGGACAGGUUUAAGAGUAAAGUAAGACAUAACUUGAAAAAAUGUAUUUAUUUUAACAUCAGCUAAAGCUUCACAGACUAGUCACCUACUAAUGCCAAGUCGCUCUACUCCAGGAUCAGUCUGUAGUUGAGCUCAUUGUGCAGGGAUAGGAGAUUAAAUUCAAUCAUUUUAUCAAAGAAAAUAAUUUUGGUGACACAAAAUUCUCCUGAUUUACUUUCCUUUUCAUUUGACACAUUUCCUGUUAACUAUAACUUGAGGGAAGAGUUUGGCACCAAGCCAGAGUAGUGAGU